AUGUUGAGGAAGAAAUUUUUCAAGGGAUGUAGAUUAUGUAUUGCAGAUGUGACUGUUGAUGCAUGUGUCGCCCAGAACAGUAGUAACCAUCCGUCCCUUGCAGCCUACAUGCAAAGCUUAUGUGAACUAAGUGCUUCAAUUGGGUCACUUGUGGGAUUCUCUUUUGGUAUCUUUGUUGACUUAAUUGGUCCACAGAUCAACCAGAACUUUCUUGAUGCUGGCAAAGCUAUGUGGAAGAUCUUGAUAUACCAUGAUGUGUGGAGACCAUGUUUAUACAUGUACUUGUCCUUCUCAAUGUGUUUAAGCAUCUCCGAAGGGACGUUCUACUGGGUAACAAAUUCAAAGGCAGGUCCAUCAUUUUCUCAGGCUGUUCUUCCCGGAGAAGUAUUGGAUUCAAAAGAGGUUACUGAAACUGUGGCACCUGAGAAUAUUGAGUUGUUUCCUUCGUUAACAACGGGGAUAGUAGAUAGCAUUACUCUACAUCAUCAAAAUGAUGAAAGCAAAAACGAAAAGGAUUCAGCACUGCAGGUUGUUAGAGGUGAAUGGUGA